AUGAUGGUUCUGAAAGUAUCUUUUUUUAUCCUGAUAUUCAUUUAUGCCCCGUGCUCAGCUCGAAAUCGAUUAGAAAGUGCCGUAAACGUCAAAGAAGCAGAGAAGCUGUUAGGUUCUCCUAUUAAGAUCAAAACUACUGAAAAGGCAGGACAAGAUUUACACAAUCACUGGUCAGCACAAGCUGUUUCUGCUCUUAUUGCCGCUGUUGCUAAUGAGAAGAUUGAUUCGGUUCCACAAAGAAUUGCCAAAAAUCAUGAAAAAUGCUCUAAAAACGCUCAGAACGUUCAGCAGCAUGCCAAAUGUGUUCAAAAACUUUUAGAACUUCAAAAGCAAUACGCUUCGGCUAAGUUCAUCAAAUUGAAAAAAGGCUGGAAAUUGAGAAGAAAUAAGAAAGCUUCGAGAGAUCGCGAGUACAUGGGAUCUUUCCGGCUGCGUCGUUUUAAACGAGAAGUUAUUAGGAAAUCUUCAUAUGAGCUGAACAGUCAGGCACAACAGUCGCCUAUUUCCAUAAUUGCAAAACAGAUUACAAAUGGAAUUCGCAAUCUGAAAAAUAAAAAGGAGCAGAGAAGUUGGAAAGAGGUUUUGGAAAGCGUGAGGAAGGAAGGCAAAAAGCUGAAGUCUUCGAAAAAACUGCAGAAUAUGUUGAAACCAUCAUUUGACAAAAAAACGUCGAAAACGAAGUAUUUGAACAUGAAAGAUAUAGAUGUUCUAGAACGGAGAAGACAUUCCAAGAGACGUCCUCUAGCUGAUGAAAUAGCGUUAGAAUCUGAAUCUGCUGAGAAUGCUGAUGAGGUUGUCGAUUUUACGGAAGGUGGAGCUCUCGCCAGCAAAAUUAUGCGUGGCAAGGCGGCACGAACUGGGAGUGCGAAAAAUGAAGUUGUAAUGGAACAAGUAGAUUUAUUGAGACAAGGGGUGAAAAUUGGCUUGAAUUUGUUUGGCAGAAACACUACUGGUUAUAAUGAUAAGAACGUGAAGUUCAUAUCGCCUAGGUUCCUCUCUGUUGUCCCCGAAGACAGUACGAAUAGUUCUGUCGAUGUUCUAUCACCAUCUCUUUUCUCAUUGCAUAAUGAAGGCGAAGGUGUAGAGAAACUAACUUCUUUGAGUACUUUGCUUGGAUCUCUGGGUAGUAAAGACAGAGAUUCUGUGAUGGACAUGAUAACAGAAGUAGCGGGUGUAGGCGAAGCUUUGGAAAAUGCGGAAAAACAAGUGAAGCAACGAUCUGAUGAGGACGAUGGAGUUCUGAUUAACUCAGAUGGGAAAGAAGUUCAUUUGUCCCGAGAAGAAGUUAUUAAAGUCUAUGGAGCUGAGGGGUAUAAAACCCUGAAGACUUUUCAAUCCUUGAAUAGAAAUUACAGUGCGGAGCAGAUUCGGCAGUUUAAAGAAUAUGGUUAUGCUCAAAUGUCCGAUAAACAACUUAACAUAGUUUAUGGUAAAGGAGGAGUUUAUGAGAAUCCUCAUUUACUAAAAGAAUCGCAAAAUCAAACUCUCCCGGAUGUGAGGAAGAAGCUUUAUAGAACAAUCAAUCAACUAGCAGCGGGAGAGGUGGAGAUCAUGCCGGAAAGUCGACGCAUGAGGGACUAUGUUCUAUCUCCUUUUUUGUUUGCUUCUAUAAUUGGAGAUCCAGGAGCUGCUAGUCAAGGUAUAAUAUUGUCGCCAGUAUUGUUCACAGUUCUACUCCGCUCACCGGCUAUCUUCUCCAGCGUUAUAUUGAGUCCUUGGGUUUUCGUGCCAGUUCUUGUAUCGCCGCGUCUAUUGUCUCCUGUAAUUCUAUCACCUUUUCUUUUCUCUCCGAUUAUUCUAUCUCCGUUGGCUUUGAUUCCUGUCAUACUUUCUCCAGGAUUGGUUGACCCUUUCGUACUCUCUCCAUUCGUUCUUUGCCCGAUUAUUCUCUCUCCGAUGGUAUUGGUUCCAAUAAUUCUAAGUCCGUAUGCUUUAUCGCCCACAAUUCUGUCUCCGUUCACUUUAUCUCCCUUGGUUCUUUCUCCGUUCGUCUUAUCUCCUUCCAUCUACUCCCCUCCAUCGUAUACAGCUGUUAUCUUGUCCCCCUAUGCUCUAUCACCGUCAAUAGAAUCGGCUCCAACGAAUAUAACCGUAUUUGCGUCUCCCAGCUUCUUGAGUUAA